AUGGACUGUGGGAAUAAGGAGUGUGGCCACACAUGCAAAGAUUUUGGGAACAGUUGUGUGUGUCGGUGGAGCGAUGUUGCUUUCGUUUUACCACGGCAUGAGGUUAUGGGCGGCUCAAGCCUUCACUGGAAAUAUGCAGAUAAGAUGGGUUCAGACAACCCUAUCACCACCCACAGCAACUUCAUCUUGGGUCCAUUUCUUGUCAUAUCUAGCACCGUCGCCUGGGCAGUUUGGUUUGUCAUCCAAAUCCAUUUCUUUUGGAUCUACAUGAUGGGUCCGAGUCCAAGGAUUCUGAUCAUGAUGGGUCAGGUCCAACCCGACUUGUUCACAGCUUGGUUCUGGAGCGAGAAUAAGCGAGAAGUAUUCAGCUCCUUACACAACCACGGCUUUGAUGUGUGUCUAAUGGCCAGCUUUCAGUGUGCCAUCAUUGGCGUCUGCGUGGAACCUAAAGCCUCUGCAUGGUCUCUCAGCCCCGCUAUCAGGGCCACUUCUAGUAUUUAUGCGGGAACUGUGUGCAAUGCGCUGUCAUUUGCCGUCAUGUCAUGGUGCAUCCAGAGAAAGGUCCCCUCUACGUCUCGGUGUUCAGCCCUCUCCUGCUUGUCAUCGUGGCUGUUCUCAGUUGGGCAGUUCUUCAAGAGCGUUUAUUCGUCGGAACGGUCUAUGUUGAUCAUUGCUGGGCUUUACGCAGUUCUAUGGGGCAAAAAGAGAGAGAUGAGUCCGAGUUUUGAUAAUGUCAAGGAUGCAGAAGGUGGUCAAGAGAAACAGGAGAAGACAGGUGACUUGGAAAUGCAGUUUUCGGGAAUCCCCAACGGCAACUUUCUUACCAAAAGUUAA